AUGAGUAAUACUAUAGACGAAACCGCCUUCGUUGAGGCACCAUCUAACCAAAGUUCAUUGUGCUUUGCUGAUGAAAAACAACAGGCUCGCUUUGAGCUGGGUGUAUCGAUGAUUAUAUACAGUUGGGAUGCUUUGGAUAUCGCUGUAGCCAAUCAAUGGGGUGGUGUUGACUCUGCAGAAAAAAGAGAUUGGAUUACAGGUAUUAUAGUUGAUUUGUUCAAGCAAAAUAAGAUCGUUGAUAUUGUAUUGGUCGAGGAAACUUUAUUAUUUGCCAUGGUUGAUGAAUUUGAAACUAAUGUUGAAGAUGAUACCGGUUUAGUGAUUGCUGCAGAAAUUCUAAAAUUAUAUCAAGAGUGUGAGGCGUUAGAUUACACAAGAGUGGAAGCGUUAUAUCUAAAAUGGCUAGAGAGAGAAAAGAACGGUACUGAAAAUCAAAGAAUCGUUCAUGUUCAUGGCGAUGCUGACUCUAGUAGUGAAAACGAGGAUGGUUCCGAAGAGGAGAAUGACAUUCCUAUUUUAGAUGCAGGAGACAGUUUUCCAAAGACUGUGCCUGAACCGAUUGUUGAUGAUGAUGGAUUUGAACUUGUCCAAAAAAAGGGUAAAAAAGAUACUGAACGUUUCCAACUAAAACUAUGUAUGAAAUUUAUAAGAAUCCAAACCUGUAUAAUAAAAAAUGAAGUGCAUUACUAA